AUGCCCAUGUCGCUCGCUCGCCCCAUGAUCCGCUCGCCGGCCUUGCGGAUGGCUUCUCGCCGCUUCGAGAGCACCGCCGCCAGCAAGGCCACCGACGCUGCCAAGGAGACUGCCUCCAAGGCUCAGCAGGGUCUGUCGCGCGUCACCAGCGCUGCUGGCCCUGCCAUUGCCGGCGCUGCCCGAGGUGUUGGUAAUGCUCUGGGCAAGAUUGGCGGCCGGACCGGUCGCCUCAUUGGCUUCGUUGAGCGCCAAACCCCCUUCGUCGUGUACUACUCCAAGGUUGGCGCUGAGGUUGCCAAGCUGGUCUUCCAGGGCCAGAAGAUGAGCCCUCCUUCCGUCGCCACCUUCCAAAACACCUACCAGACUCUCUGGAGAUCCUUCAAGAACGGCUCCCUCUUCCAGUCCCCCCAGAACAUGCUCCAGCAGGCCCGCAACCUCAGCAAUGCUCAGCUUAUUGCCGGCGGUGUCGUUGCUGCCGAGUGCAUCGGAUUCUUCACCGUCGGUGAGAUGAUUGGCCGCUUCAAGAUUGUCGGAUACCACGGCGAGACCGGCGCUCACCACUAA